AUGGCUUAUCUUCAAUUUGCCAAGAAAAACGAGACUCAGCAGGAGUUGAAGUUUAUAACUAAACAUGAGAUUGAAAAUGUAGUCAAUUUAGAGCUAGAAAAGGUCUGCAUUCAGUUCGAAGAGGUUGAAGGAGAUAACAUCUUAACCGACAACAAUAUGAAUGUAUUUAAGUCACUAGGAGUGAUUCUAAAAGAUAAGAUCAAACCAGAGAUAAGACCUGCUUCUCAGACACAGACUCCACCUCCAGCACCAAGCUCCUUUAAUCCUGGAAUAGGACCUUCAGCUUCUGUGAGCUCUGCUCCGCCAUCCUCUACUACUCCAGCUUAUCCAACUGGAGCUUCUGGCUUUAGCUAUCCAAAAGGAGACUCUAAUAUAAAAUACCCUUCUGCUCACCCUCCUGCAUUCGGUUCAGGUUACGCUGCUAGCGGGGGUAGAAUCCCUCCUCCUCCUCCAACGACAGCCCCUACAAGAUCUUCAGAGCCUUCUACAGUACAAAAUAGCUCAUGGAGCAACAAAUUCAGCAAGUGGACUAAUAAAGUCUGGGGUAGUGGCAAAUAA